AUGUUUAGGAGUGAGAUGAAGUCCGAAGGUGACAGGCAGCGGAAAGUCCGAUUUCGGAUAGCUUCAUCUCACAGUGGGAGAGUCCUAAAGGAGGUUUACGAAGAUGGAGAGCCGUCAGACUCGCUGGAUUCCGAAUGUGCCAGUAGCUGUGGGACGGAUCACAAUAGUGGACCAAGUGAAGAAGGACAACAGAACGGUCACUUAGGAUCAGAGGGGGAUGAGAAUGAAAACGACCAAGAUAGCUUGCUUGUGUUAGCGAGGGCUACCACCGAGAAGGGGUUUGGGACGAGGCGAGUCAACAUUUUAAGCAAAAAUGGUACAGUCAGAGGCAUCAAAUACAAAGUUAGCGCUGGCCAAGCCCUUUUUAACAACUUAACCAAAGUGCUGCAGCAACCAUCAACUGAUCUAGAAUUUGAUCGGAUAGUGAUUUACACAACCUGCCUUCGUGUUGUAAGGACGACUUUUGAAAGAUGUGAACUUGUUAGGAAAAUCUUCCAGAAUCAUCGAGUCAAAUUUGAAGAGAAAAAUAUUGCUUUGAAUGGUGAAUAUGGAAAGGAGCUGGAUGAGAGAUGCAGGAGGGUGUCUGAAACACCUUCUCUUCCUGUUGUGUUCAUUGAUGGCCAUUACCUUGGGGGUGCUGAGAAAAUUUUGUCAAUGAAUGAGUCAGGUGAACUGCAAGAUCUCUUAACUAAAAUUGAGAAAGUUCAGCAUCCACACGAAUGUCCUUCCUGUGGGGGCUUUGGCUUCCUUCCCUGUUCAGUGUGCCAUGGAAGCAAGAUGUCAGUGUUUCGGAACUGCUUUACAGACUCUUUCAAAGCCCUAAAAUGCACAGCUUGUAAUGAAAAUGGACUUCAGCGCUGUAGGAGUUGUACAAGCUAA